AUGGUCUCCGCAAAGAAGCACGUUCCCAUCAUCAAGAAACACAGAAAGGCCUGGCACCGACACCAAUCCGACACCUUUAAGUGCGUGCCUUCAGCAUGGAGAAAGCCAAAGGGUAUCGACAAUCGAGUUCGACGACGGUUCAAGGGUCAAAUGGUUAUGCCAUCGAUCGGUUUCGGCUCAAAUAAGAAGACUCGACACAUGAUGCCCUCAGGUCACAAGGCUUUCCUCGUCCACAACGCCCGCGACGUCGAACUCCUCCUCAUGCACAACCGAACAUACGCCGCCGAGAUUGCGUCUGCUGUUUCAUCACGAAAGCGAAUUGAGAUUGUUGCGAAGGCAAAGGCGUUGAGUGUCAAGGUUACCAACCCCAACGUGAAGAUUAGAAAGGAAUCAUGA